AUGGCGGCAGAGGACGCGAGGGAGUCCGCUCCUGGGCAGGAGAAGCUGGCCGAGCUGGCCGAGACACUGGAGGAGCACCGCGGCCUCCUGCUGAGACUGGACGCGGCGCGGGAGCAGCACGAGGCCACCAUGCACGCGCAGUCGAAGUGGAUCGUGCGCCAGGUGGCGGUGCUGCUGAGGGACUGCGCGCUGAGGGGUGGCGGCGAGGCGGCCGCGGGGCAGCAGCAGGAUGCCGCGCCGGAGGUGCCCGGCCUCCGGGAGCGACGGGGGAACCUGGUCUACCCGCUGACGGUGGCGAUCCCGGAGAUGAGCUUCGAGGAGCAGGAGUCGGCGGAGUCGGCGGAGUCGUCCCUGCGCGCCGCGUCGCCGUCGCGGCCGCGCAGGGCCGGCGCGGGCGGCGGCGCGGCCGUGGCGCUGAGGGACGCGGACGGGGUCGGCGGCGGGGCGCCGAUGAGGCCGAGGCUCAGCAGCCGCGUGUCCUUCGACGUGUCCUGCGCGGAAUCCAGCGACGCGGAGUCAGGGUCUCCGAACAGGCUCGGGCCGCGAUAA